ACCGGAAGAACUUAAUGUUCGUUUCCGGUCAAAUUGUCAAUACAUUCUUAGCUCCGAGAAACUUGUUUUUAGCCAGCAAAAUGUUGUAACCUCUUCAUGUAUAGAUUAUUUUCAUCCACCUCGUAGUUUGUUUCAUGUACACAAGAAUUUGAGCUACUCGACUAUGCUCUCAGUUUUAUUGUUUCUCUUCCCCGUUCUGUUAAAUAAACCUAUCCGUCAAAUAAAAAUUGAGCUAGCCAGUUAGCUUGCAGCAGCUAAAGCCGGACUAAAGCAGGUGGAUGAGAUUAUGCAACGUUCACUCACAAUUUUAAUGUUGACAACAUAACGUGAGGACAAGGAUCAUUAAUGGCAGCUCGGCAACCCUUCACAGACACGGACACUGCCGACGAAGCAGUGAGGGCGACGUGUGACGAUGCAACCACAUGCAAAAGGUUUGCUACCAGUAAAGGCUACUGGAAGGACCCAUAUAUCCAGUACUUUGCGAGAUCUGUAGGAGAGAGGAAGGCCCCUGAAAUCAACAGGGGUUACUAUGCCCGUGUUCAAGGGGUGAACCAUCUACUCGAUGCGUUUAUAAGGAAAGCAGAGUGUGACUGUCAAGUAAUCAACCUGGGAGCUGGACUGGACACCACAUUUUGGAGACUAAAGGAUGAAAACCUCAUGCCACGGAAGUUCUUUGAAGUUGACUUUCCGACCAUUGUGGCCAGGAAAAUACACAAUAUAAAGACAAAACCACCCCUGUCCAAACCCAUCAUCGAAACCCACUCAACAGACUCUUUACUACUAGAUUCUCACAGCCUGGACUCAGACCGUUACUGUAUCAUCGGCGCAGACCUAAGAGACGUCUCUAAUUUGGAUGAAAAACUGAAGAAGUUCCAGCUUAAUCCAGAAUUACCUACGUUGCUCCUGUCAGAGUGUGUGCUUGUCUAUAUCACGCCCUCCCAGUCCUCCAACCUAGUUCACUGGGCAGCAGAGACCUUCCACACUGCCAUGUUCAUCAGUUACGAACAGGUGAACAUGAGUGAUCGAUUUGGCCAGGUGAUGAUCGAAAACCUGCAGCGCCGCCAGUGCACACUGUCAGGAGUAGAGGCCUGCCAGUCCUUGGACUCUCAGAAGGAGCGGUUUCUGAAGACUGGCUGGGAGCAUGCUGAUGCUCUGGAUAUGAUGACGAUCUACAGUAUGCUUCCUCAGGGUGACGUGGCAAGAAUUGAGCGACUGGAGUUCCUGGACGAGAAGGAGCUGUUGCAACAACUUCUUCAACACUACAGCAUCUGCUGGGCCACCAAGGACAAACUCAACCUGGGUCUGUCACAGUUGGCGUUUUGAGUGUCAAACUUCUCCGCUGUUUGGACACGCUUUACAUGUGUGUUCGCCAAAAUCAACAACAGGAGAAGAUGUGUAAAAAGGGGACAUUGGGAAAGAGGAAAUCCAUACUCUCAGUCAUCUGGGAGCUAUUCUGGUUUGAAAACUCCCGGCAUCAGCAGAAUGUGAUUAUGUGAGCAUUGUUUGUAACCAAGUCCGCAUUGAAGAUAAGAGUUUGAGAUAAGUUUGAGAACUGUGAAGGGGUUUGUCAAUACACUGGGAUUGAAUUACCAAGAGUAAAAUUGGUCCUGUUUGUUUUAUUCAUUAGCUUACAGGCACAUUUUGUCUGUGAUUAACAAUCACUUAAAAAAAAAUAUUAUUUGAAAAUCUGCUCACCUUUGUUGGAAAUUGAAGAAUGUUCGAACCCUGAAGAAUUUCAAAUGUCAUAUAUUUGUCCUUGUCUGGAUUUUAUGUGCCAUUUUAGUUUUAUUUAUUGAUCAGUUGUAUUUCCAGAUUCAUUUACUUACAAACAUACACGCAUGCAAUAACAAGUGUCAAACAGCAAGAUAUGUAUUACAUGCAGCUACCAGUUACGUUACAUUUGCCUGUCAAAUCUUUUCUAUUCUUGCCCCUAUUUUUCAAACAGCAAAAAAGACAUGGCAGGUUAGUUUGUAAUACAUUAUAUUUGAUGAAUGCUGUUCAAGUGCAGUUGAAUAAAAAUUUCCUUUUG